AUGGACUGGAAUUUGAAGAUACCUUCUUGGGAUUUCACAGAAUUCGAACAAGGAACAAUUCCCAACAUUGAUUCGACUAGUGGGUCGAGUAGUUAUGGAGGGCAGGGGAUUAAAGGGAAUUUCUGUGUCGAUUUAAAGCUUGGCCAAGUAAUCGAUUCAGGAAACGAGUUGAAGUCCACAUCAAAAAUGGCGCUAUCACCUUCUGCUUCAUCCAAAAGGGCACGUCCAAUAAAUAACACGAUUCCGGCCGCCACUUGCCUCGUUGACGGCUGCCACGCCGACCUCAGUAACUGCAAAGAGUAUCAUCGCCGCCAUAAGGUCUGUGAAGUCCAUUCCAAAACCGCUCAGGUUUCCAUUAAUGGUCAAAAGCAACGAUUCUGCCAGCAAUGUAGCCGGUUUCAUUCGCUGGAGGAAUUUGAUGAAGGAAAACGAAGCUGUAGAAAGAGGCUGGAUGGACAUAAUCGCCGGAGAAGGAAGCCACAGCCUGACACCUCACGGGCGGCAAGUCUUUUCUCCGGUCACCAAGGUGCCACAAUGUUGCAGUUCUCAAGCCCACAUGUGUAUCAAACCACAUCACUCACGAAUCACCUCUGGACCACAAUGGUGAAGUCUGAAGAACAAACGUACUCGACCCGACACUCGACCAUGGCCCACAAACACAACCCGUUUCCCGAAUCAUCUUCGGGCAGCAAAAAGUUACCCGGAAAGCAACAAUUCAGCCUCUUUCAUGGUUCACAUCUUAAACUGAACCACCAGACUUCACCUCCAAAAGUCAGUCAACAGUCACAGACACAUCCACAGCCACAGACAGUUGUUACUUUUGAAGGUAAUAGCAGCAGUAGCUAUGAAAAGCUGUUCUGUGAUGGGUAUCCACCACCGGCAGCGGCGGCUAGGGUGGUGCAACCGGUGGUGCAGUCGUCAGACUGUGCUCUCUCUCUUCUGUCAUCGUCACCUUCACAGACAUCUUGUACGACACUGAGCCAUGUGAUGCACCCGUCUAACUCGUACGGGGCUCCACCAAAUCCAAUGGAUGCGGGUGCGGGUUAUGGUGGUCUUGAGUCGAUUAUGGAUCCUAAUGGAAAUGGGAAUGAUUGCGAUGGGAUGAUUCAGAUGGGAAUUCAUCAUCAUCAUCAGCAGCAGCAGCAUGCAUCGCCUGAUAAUGGAGCUCCCCAAACACUUCCGUUCUACUGGGAAUAAGUGUUUGUAGUUGAACAAGUGAUGAUAAAUUUCAAAGUCUUUGUAGUUUGUAUGAGAUUUGAUUUGAUUCGAUUUGGUUUAACAGUCACGUUUUGUAGUUGUUUGGGUUUGCGUAGAA